UGAUCCUAUUAUAUAUUCAUCCUAUUAACAAAAACUGUAAAGGUUGGGCAACGCUUCUCCACACACUUUACAUGCAAAAAUGGUGGCGGCAGCAUCUAUUGGAGUCUCAGUGAAGACGUUGUUUAUCGUAUUGUAUUGUGUGAUGGCAGCUGCGUUUGUUUACUUGUUCAUGUUCGGUGACUUAAUUUCUUGUUUUGACAUACAUUCGAGGUGGUUCAUACUAAUAGUGGCAGACUUCACAGCAUAUGUUGUUAUAGGGGCAUGGGUUGCCUAUAAGGAAUCAAAUUGGAUUAUUGCAAUUGUUUUAAUGGUCACCAUGUAUUUUAUAGGAAGCCUCGUUAGCCUUGGAUACAUCCUUACACAGUUCUACAAGCUAUCACACGAAGAAUCCGUGAAAGAUCCAUUAUAUUUUGUGUUAACCAGACGUCAAAAAAUGGAUGUUAGUGGAGGACCUUCUGUUGUAGCUACAAGAGUGAUCUUUUCACUAUUAAGUUGCUUGGAGCUGGGAGCUCUAAUUUAUACGCUUAUUGUUGAGUUAUCACCAUCGUAUCCCAAAUAUUUCUCAUCGUGCUUCAUAACAACUGAAACUGACAUGUAUAUUCACAUUGUUAUUUUUUCGAUAUGGAUAGUAUACAAGGAAUCAAGUUGGACAAGUGCUUUCUUCUGGAUUGUUUUACUUGUAUCCUUUACAGGUAUUACACUAUGUGCAUACAUACUGCGGCAACUGUUCCAACUCUCACUUCAGCAACCUGCUUACCUAAUAAUAUUCAACAAGAACAGGCAAGUAUAUUAA